AUGAGCUUGCUGUGGGGUGGCUCCCGGGCUAUGAGAACCAGUAAUUUGGGGGCCCUACUAAUAUAAGUGUCCUGCAACGGAAGGCACCAUCCUCGGUGUCCAUUGUCCUGGGGCAGGAUCAUAUCAUAUUGGCCCGAGGGCAACUCUUGUAAGAAGAUCGGUCAAAAGAAGUGACUAAAUCCCCGUUAGAUCCGGCUGUCGGACGGCCGUCCCCUCCCGGUAAGACAGAGAGGGGUCCCAUUGUGGACUAUGGUAAUAGCGGACUUUCCCACAGUGAGGUAAUCCUCUGUCCAGCUCCGCUGUCCGGACAGCAAGAUGUGCCGGUGUUUGGUAAACAGGGGUUCAGGGAGGAGCAAAAACCGGAGUACUUCCCCUUCCCAGUGUCUGGGUCCUCUCGUAUCCUUAUCGGAGGAUCUUCGGGCAUCGGGUCUGUGGCAAGAUGUCCUGGAGAUAGUACGUCCUUUAUCCUGAGUUUACUUAAUUUUCAUCUGGUCAAUAAUCGUUAA